CCGAAUCAUCUAUAUAAGGCAAACGUUGCCGUAAUGCCGAGAGAUAAAAACCCAUAACCCUAGUUCACUACUGUAGAGAGUAGAGAGCUAGCAGCCAGCCACCACCUCUCGCCCAUUUAUACUCUACUCACCCCCGCUCCCUUCUCAUUCUGCUAAACCCUAGCGGCCUCUUUUCCUCUAUCCUUCUCCCCUUAUUCCACCGCCGGACUUAUGUUGAUUUUCUCUCUGGAUGAUUAGGUAGCAAGAAAGACCUGGUGAAAUCCUGCGGAAUCAUGUCCGACGACGAGAGGGAGGAGAAGGAGUUGGAUCUCACUUCUCCUGAAGUUGUGACUAAAUACAAAAACGCUGCCGAGAUCGUCAACAAGGCCUUGCAGUUGGUGGUAAAAGAAUGUAAACCCAAGGCAAAGAUUGUUGACCUAUGUGAGAAAGGAGAUUCUUUUAUCAGGGAACAAACUGGUAACAUGUACAAGAAUGUGAAGAAGAAGAUUGAAAGGGGAGUGGCAUUUCCUACUUGUGUUUCUGUAAACAAUAUUGUGUGCCAUUUAUCUCCUCUUGCCAGUGAUGAGAGAGUUUUGGAAGAAGGUGAUAUUGUGAAAAUUGAUAUGGGUUGUCACAUAGAUGGAUUUAUUGCCGUGGUUGCACAUACUCAUGUUAUUAAAGAUGGAGCAAUUACUGGUCGAGCUGCUGAUGUACUUGCAGCUGCCAAUACUGCAGCUGAAGUUGCUUUGAGGCUUGUGAGGCCUGGGAAAAAGAAUAAAGAUGUGUCGGAUGCUAUUCAGAAGGUUGCAUCUGCUUAUGAUUGCAAAAUUGUGGAGGGUGUUCUUAGUCACCAGCUGAAGCAGUUUGUGGUUGAUGGAAACAAGGUUAUCUUAAGUGCUUCCAAUCCAGACACAAGAGUCGAUGAUAUUGAAUUCGAGGAGAACGAAGUUUAUGCAGUAGAUAUUGUUACAAGCACGGGCGAUGGGAAGCCUAAGCUCCUAGAUGAGAAAGAGACAACAAUUUACAAGAGAGCCGUGGACAAGAAUUAUCACUUGAAGAUGAAAGCUUCCAGAUUCAUUUUCAGUGAAAUCAGCCAGAAGUUCCCUAUCAUGCCUUUCUCCGCUAGAGCCUUAGAAGAGAAAAGAGCUAGGUUGGGACUGGUGGAAUGUGUAAAUCAUGAUCUUCUCCAGCCUUACCCUGUUCUUCAUGAGAAGCCUGGUGAUUAUGUGGCUCAUAUCAAGUUCACAGUUUUGUUGAUGCCUAAUGGUUCGGAUAGGAUAACAUCACAUCCUCUUCAGGAGUUGCAAGCUACGAAGGUGAUUGAUGAUCCUGAAAUUAAGGCAUGGUUAGCUUUGGGUACCAAGACAAAGAAGAAGGGUGGAGGGAAGAAGAAGAAAGGCAAGAAAGCCGACAAAACGGUGGAUGCUGCUGGUGCUGAAGCUGAGGCAGAACCGAUGGACGAAACAACAGAGGCUGCGUCCCAACCCUAAAAAAUUGUUAUGAUUUUGGGUCGAUUCUGUUCAGUUUUGUUACACCACCCCUGUUGCAACUUACUGUAUCUGUGGUUGGUUUAUGAGAAUUCCAGUAUAGUGGCUAGACUUUUGGGUCCCUGUUGAAUAUUUACCUGCAUGAAAAUGGCAUAUCCUCAUGACACCCAAGUUCCUGUACUGCCUUUUGCCCUCACUGUACUAAUGUUAAUUUAACUUUAGAGAGUUGCCCAUUUGAGUGUUAAAACGUAAUGUAGCCUCAUUAUCUUGAUCCAUGUAUGAAGCUCUUGAUAUGAAAUUUGAGUCU